UGGCGCCGUUAUGCCAGCUUUAGUCGCAUAGAAACGGCAGCUUCACAUAAGUGGAUGAACCUCAUCGUCUUUGCUAGACAGCCAUCGGAGUAGGGGGCACACAAAAUCCUCAGCCAACACCUAGCUAGCUAACGGGAAUAUUGCCUUGGUGACAACCUUUCAUGUGUCUUUGUCACCCUGUGCAUUCGUGUUGAUAAAGGACAGUGGGACCAAGAGAUGUCUGCGCCGGGUUUUACGAACCUGAACACCCCUGUCGGUUACAGCAUGAACUCUACGCCGAAUGGUGGAGCAGCACCCCCCUAUCAGAAUGGUCCAGUAGGACAGACCUACCCAUCCACAUAUCCUUCGACGGGGUACUAUGACGCCGGGCCUCAACAGCAGGGCUACCCAACCAUUUCAGGACACUGUGCCCCUGCCCCCAACAAAUCUCCCAUUAUGAACAAUGACCACAGUGCUUACUACCACCACAACAGCCACCAGCAGCCCACGGCUGCACCUACUGUAGCCCCCUCUGCAUUCGGAGCAACCCAAAGCUCCUAUCCUCCUCCUCAGCCCUAUGGCACCCCUACCACCCUUCCCACCUCAGCUGCCCCUCCAAACCCCCAACAUGCACCUCCAUUCCAACAACCAACCCCCUACGCACCGCAUGGGGCCUACUAUGGACAGCAGCAGUACCCCACGACCCCCAGCUGCCCAGGUGCUCCCCUGUACCCCAUUAUCUCGUACCCCUCUGCGCCGGGAAGCAGUCAGUACGGCACAUUGUGUUCCUCCCAGGCUCCCACCGGCCCAGGAGCCGUUUCCAACCAGAUAGGCGCCCCACUCCACCAGUGUCCCCCAGGAAAUGGCACCAGUCACCUAGCAUCUACUGCAGUGGUUCCCUCUGGGUAUAGCAUGGCUCCACCCGGCCAACCAGCCACAGUCAAUGGCCAGGUUAAUGCAGUCCAAGCCUCAGUCCUCCAGCACUAUGACCAAAGCCACCAGGCAGCCAUGGCACAUGACCACUACGGAGGAGGAGUCACACACAACACCGGGGGUGCUGACAGAGACAGACCACCUUCAGGAGCCCCUUCUACUUCAGUCCAUUCCUCCCCGGGGCAUCAGCAAGGCGUGCACUACGGAUAUGUAGGCAAUAGUGGAGCUAGCUCUGCCAACGCCUCUACCAACGCUGCCCCCUUGUCAUCCAGUUCCGAUGAGGAUGUUGAUGAGGAGGAGGAGGAUGAGGAAGCAGGCGGUGAUAGUUCCUCAACUACCACCGGCAGUGUGUCCCCGGUGCCCAACAGCUACGACUCCCUGGAAGGCGGCAGCUACCCAGAGUCCUCCAUUCCUCCCUCAGCCGAUAUUACCAAACAGGCCCCGCCCUUUGGCUAUGGUUACCCCAGCAUGCAGCCAGCCUAUCAGCAGAGGCCGUCCCCCAGGACAGACUCCUCUCCCUCCCACGGCGGGUACAACCAAACUUGCUACCAGCAUUUGUCACAGCCCUUCCCUAACAUGUGCCAGCUGUCUGCGGCCCUGGGGGGGCUGAGCGGUGUGCCAGAGCUGGAGGUGGAGGCGCUGCGGCCCGUGAACCUGCUGCAGGAGAGGAACCUUCUACCCCACCGGCCCCUGGAUGCCCCUGAACCCAACCUCAACGCUGACCUCAAGAAGGCCAACUGCAGCCCGGACACGUUCAGGUGUACCCUGAACAACAUCCCCCAGACCCAGGCCCUGCUGAAUAAAGCCCGGCUGCCCCUGGGCCUGCUCCUGCACCCCUUCAGAGACCUCGCACAACUCCCAGUGAUCACAUCCAACACCAUAGUGAGAUGUCGCUCCUGUCGUACCUACAUUAACCCCUUUGUCUCCUUCCUGGACCAGAGGAGAUGGAAAUGCAACCUCUGCUUUAGGGUCAACGAUGUUCCUGAUGAGUUCAUGUACAAUCCGGUGACCCGCUCCUAUGGAGAGCCCCACAAGAGGCCAGAGGUGCAGAACUCCACCGUGGAGUUCAUAGCCUCUUCAGAUUACAUGCUGCGGCCCCCUCAGCCUGCAGUGUACCUGUUUGUGCUGGAUGUGUCUCACAACGCGGUGGAUGCAGGCUACCUGAACGUCUUCUGUCAGACCUUACUGGAAAACCUGGACAAGAUGCCCGGGGACACGCGCACCCGAGUGGGCUUCAUCACCUUCAACAGCACCAUCCAGUUCUACAACCUCCACGAGAGCCUCUCACAGCCCCAGAUGCUGGUAGUCUCCGACAUCGACGAUAUCUUCAUUCCAACCCACGACAGUCUACUGGUGAACCUGAAGGAAAGCAGAGCGCUGGUGAGGGUCCUGUUGACCUCCCUACCCAGCAUGUUUAGCCAGACCAGGGAGACCCACAGUGCCCUGGGCCCAGCGCUGCAGGCUGCCUACAAGCUCAUGUCCUCCACGGGGGGCCGCGUCUCCGUGUUCCAGACCCAGCUACCCACGCUGGGCGCCGGCCUGCUGCAGUCCCGGGAGGACCCCAACCAGAGGUCCAGCAACAAGGGGGUCCAACACCUGGGCCCAGCCACAGACUUCUACAAGAAGCUGGCCCUGGACUGUUCUGGCCAGCAGAUAGGAGUGGACCUCUUCCUCCUCAGCUCCCAGUACUCUGACCUGGCCUCAAUAGCGUGUGUGUCAAAGUACUCAGCGGGUAGUAUCUUCUACUAUCCCUCGUUGCACCAUGUUCACAACCCGGCCCAGCUGGACAAGUUCCAGAAGGAUCUGGAGCGCUACCUCACCAGGAAGAUCGGUUUCGAGGCUGUCAUGAGGAUACGCUGCACCAAAGGCUUGUCCAUCCACACGUUCCAUGGGAACUUCUUUGUGCGCUCGACGGACCUGCUGUCCCUGGCCAACGUCAACCCAGACUCGGGCUUCGCCGUGCAGAUGUCUAUAGAGGACAGCCUGGCCGACACCUCACUGGCCUGCUUCCAGGCUGCGCUGCUGUACACCUCCAGCAAAGGGAAGAGGCGGAUCAGGGUCCAUACUCUGUGUCUUCCAGUGGUCAGCCAGCUGAGUGAUGUAUAUGCCGGGGCAGACGUUCAGGCCAUCACCUGCCUCCUAGCCAACAUGGCCAUUGACCGGUCGAUAUCGUCAAGCCUGUCGGAUGCCCGGGAUGCCCUGGUGAAUGCGGUGGUGGACUCCCUGAGUGCGUACAAGAACACGGUCUCUAAUCUGCAGCAGUCUGGUCUCAUCGCCCCUGCCGCCCUGUGUCUCUUCCCCCUCUACGUGCUGGCACUACUCAAACAGAAAGCACUGCGCACAGGGACCAGCACGAAGCUAGACGAGCGCGUCUUCGCCAUGUGUGAGUUCAAGAGCCAGCCGCUGCAACAGAUCAUGCGCAUGGUCCACCCCGACCUCUACCGCCUGGACACAAUGUCAGACCAGGGGGCACUCCACCUGAACGACUGCAUAGUGCCCCAGCCCCAUCUGCUCCACCUCACGGCUGAGAAGCUGACCAGAGAAGGCGCUUUCCUCAUGGACUGUGGCAGCGUGUUUUACUUGUGGAUUGGGAAAUGCUGUAAUGAGAUGUUCAUUCGGGACGUGCUGGGCUGUCCAAACCAUGCUUCAAUACCACCUAACAUGACCCAAAUUCCUGAGCUGGAAACCCCUCUGUCGGAACGACUGCGCACACUCCUCGCCUGGCUGCAGGACUCGAGAACCUUCAGCUCAACACUUCACGUCGUGACGGAUGAUGCUUCAGCUAAGACCAGCUUUUUCCAGCACUUGGUAGAGGACCGGUCGGAAUCAACCUUCUCCUACUACGAGUUUCUGCUCCACAUCCAGCAACAGAUGUCUAAGUAGAACACACAGAGCAGAAUGCCCCUUGGGCCUCGUGUAGAAAAACAAAAACAGUGAACGUGGCACAUGGUAAACAGGAAGUUCCCUCAGACUUACCACAGAGGGGACAACACAACCACCCCAACCCCACCCACCCUAGUGCUCCGGUCAACCACGGUCAACCACAGCCUAUGACCGGGGGAGGCAGGUGGAAGGACCGGAAAGAAAAUGAUAAAUCAGAGUGACAAAGUGAAGAUGACUUCCGGAGUUGAAGUGAAGGAAUAUGCCGUUGGACUCACAGAUCAAGUGGUGCGCUCUUAACAAGCUGCUUCUUCAACCAGCUCGCUCCCUUUCUCCUUUCUCCUAUCGUCGUAGCUCCACGUAGCAUCUCUCCCCAAGGGAAAGCCAAGGAUGCUACUUCUUCCUCAUCUGAUUAAGUUGACCCUUCUCCGAUACGCCCCCGCAUGUUGUGGUAUGAUCCACAUUUAGUUUUUUUAUUGUUAUACAUCCUCCCCAUCCUUCUCCCAUUUCCUCCCACAUAUUUUCAAACUCAUUAACAUAAGAGUACAGCAUCCCCCCUCUUUGUUUUCACUGUGUGUUCUGGAGCUACCUCUGUCACCAUUGUGUUUGCUGCUUGUAGUCGGGUGAUUGGCUACCCUCUGCUUAACAGGAUGCUAGUCAACAGUGGUUGAAUACCCCGCCCCUGCACCUCGACUCCUCUCCCAGCUGUUCAAAUCCUGUGUCGUCAGAUGAAACUGAACCCUUUGUAAACUAGCCCCAUCUUGUUUUUUGAGCCGCUACCAGAAGUUGCUAUCCACUUUGUAACUAUUGAAAAUAAUAUUUUAUGUGCGAUAAUUUAUAAUUUACCAGCUUAUUAAAUAAAAUGAAACGGUA